GUAGUAAGUAUUUCAUAGAAAAUAAAAUAAUUGAGUCUAGUUUUGAACUGGUAUAUUCAUGAGUUAAGUAGCUUAUUAAUAAACUAACAAUAAAUAAAAUUUACUAACAUAAAAUCACCAUAAGCGAACUUUCUUCACCGCCUUACUUAUUAGGCAAUCGAAUCGAUGCGCCUACAGUUGUUAGUGGGCCACAUGGUAUUAAGUAACCGGCAAUGGAAUUAAUUCAGAUGAUCGCUAUAUCCGUUAGACAAGGAGAGACAGAUCUACCUACAACCUGUUAUUCACACCCGAAUUCUGUCGUUUUAACUUACCGCGACACAAAUAUAUAAAUGUGAAAGAAAUGACGGAAUCGACACAAACAAGCAGAGCUUGUUGAAAGACACACAACCUUUAUUUCGACUGGUCGGCGUUUAGCUAGACAGUAUGACUACCUUUACAAAAUUGACGACGUUAGCCCUCCUACUGAGUAGCAGCUAUGCAGGAAUUUUGCACGGAAAUAGCCAUGGCUUUGGCGCAGAGUCAGCUAUAGGUCUCUCCUCACAUGGUAUACCAUCAAGUUACGAGCCUAGUUCGUUCCCAGUUGGAUCGCUGCCAUCGGCCUCUUACUCUGGACAUGGACUCGUCGGAGGAGGCUUUUCCUCUGGUGGUCACUCCUCUGGAGGCUUUGCCGCUGGAGGUUAUUCCUCUGGAGGUUUCUCCUCUGGAGGUUUCUCUUCUGGAGGUUUCUCUUCUGGAGGUCAUAGCUCCAAUCUCGGACUUGGAGCUGCAGGAGUAACUGGCAUCUCUGUUGGCGCUAAUAUUGGAGGGCCUUUAGUGGCUGCCCCCAUCGGUGCAGCUGGUGCUCUCCCAGGACUUGGAUUCGGUGGUCAAGCUCCUCCCCCAGGACCUAAAGCUCCAGUCAUCAAUGAAAUUCACGGUCUCGCCAACUCCAACGGUGCCCCAAUCCAGUACCGCGUCCGUGAUGAGCCCUACCAAGUCCUCCGUGAGGUUACUCACCAAGUUCCCCAACCCGUGCCAGUUCCCGUACCCCACACCGUUGAAGUCCCAUACCCCCAACCUUACCCAGUCCAAGUUCCAGUAGUAAGACAAGUUCCAGUACCAGUUGUCAAGAUCCAGCACGUCAAAAUCGAUAAGCCAGUACCGUACCCGGUUGAGAAGAUCGUCAAGAUUCCAGUGGAAAAGAUUGUUGAGGUCCCAGUCGACCACCCAGUUCCCGUUGAGAAGAUCGUCGAGGUCCCCGUGGUGAAACUAGUUAAAGUGCCAGUACCUGUCGUUAAAUCCUACCCAGUACCUGUAGUGAAGACCCUUCAUCACAAAGCUGUGAGCCACCACAGCCACGGAUGGUCCAAAGGCCAUGGAUCCAGCCACGGCCACGGCCACGGAUGGUCCCUGUGGUAAAACCAAUAGCGUAAACAAAUUGUAAAUAGCUCAUUCGCCAUGCAACUUGGAGGGCUAUUCUGUAAAGAUGUUUUGCGUAAUCGAAUCAACUGAUCGAAUUCACCUCUAUCUUUCCCAUUCUAAUGUACCGUGUUAACAGAGAGAGAUAAAGGCGAUUUGAGAUUCAUUGUCGAGUUACAAAAACAUCGUUGUAUGGAAUAGCGCUACUGAUCUGAUUUUGUAAAUAUAUUUCCUGUAAGCUCAUCGUGAGGCUGCAAAGUAGGGUGAUAACUAAGUCAUUAAUUUAAGGUAGUGUUGUGUAUUCGACAAUAUUUGUUCGUUUUGUAAAUAGUAAUAUAAGAUUUAUUACAUCAAUAAAACGAUUAU